AUGACCGCAACUCCAGGUGUCACCAUAGACACCUCCGACCGUCCUAUAUCCUCCCCGCCGAAAGCCCGCAAUUCCUCCGAACAGCCCCCCUCGACCAAGGGCGACUCCCCCACAAAUCAGAAUGCGCAAGAGACAGAGAGCUCAGCGUCGCAACCAGUCAAAUCUGAACCAGCCGCAAACAUUCCCGAACAAGAAACCCCGCACUUGGACGAACUAGAUGACUUCGGAUUGCCCAUUCGACCACGCAGACCCCACCCCACCCCCAGCGAGUCUUCCGACAGGGCAGAGACCAGCCAAAAUGCCCAGAAGAAUGUGGCUGUGAGCCCAGCGGAAUGUGUUGAUACUGGGAAGCAGGCGAGGGAGCCAGAACUGCCACAGGAGGAGGCAGUGCCUGUGGCCUCUACCCCUGAGCCAGCUAAUCUGAAUAACAAAGAAGAGCAAGGCAAGAUUCCAGAGGCGCAGGAUGCUUCUCCUCCACCCCCACAAUAUUCACCAGCAUCCGGUACUCUGGAUAAGCCUCGGAUUUCGACGUCGAAGCAACGACCUGCCCAAGUGUCAGAAUGGUCGCACCAGCGCCUCGCGCAACCCGAUGCACAUCACCCCGACAGUGAAGAGUCGGAACAGGAGCCAGAUGAAUGGCAAUCGAUGCCUGCCCUUGGGGAGUUUGACUAUUACGACGACUACGGGAGACUCAUUGUUCGUGGCGCCAAAGUAGAAGACGACGAGGCUGUAUAUCAAGGAUUAGGAGGCGCAGGGCGGGGCUAUACUCGGGUGCAACUCGACGAAGAUGCUCAGUCUGCUACAAGCAUGGAUGAGGAUACAAGCUACCUCUUCCGAGAUGCAACCGACAACUCUGCUGGCUUGGUUGGCGAGGAACUGCGAGACACCAUCAGUCAGCUCCAGGCCACCAAGGACCUUCUCAAUGAAACUCAAAAGAUCGCGUAUGUGGGAGUCGUCAGGUUGGCUAUCCAUAAUAUGAACCAUGAUCUGGCGUCAAUUGCUACAACCAGGUCCACGCGUAAGACCAUGCAGGAUGCCUCGGAUGCCAUGAGAAAAUGGGGACAGGCGAUCAUGGCGCGAAUCUAUGCCCAUAUGGAUAUCAAUUCUGCGGAGCAGAUUAUGAUCGAGCAGCUUGCCGAGCAUGGGGUACAACCAGAAGAUCUGGUGCGACCACUCAUGCAGAAUGCACGAGUCAAAAAUCCUAUGGCAGAGAGUGAGCCGAAGACUUCUAUAUCUAGUCGCAGAGUCAACUCUAUAUCUAGGCUCUCCACGGAGACGAAUUUGUCUGAGCUGGACCCUCCUCCACCAUAUCAGGCUCAUGAGAACGAGGACCCGCCUGAGGUUAAGACGCCUUCCCAGAUGCCAACUUCUGAUCGCAUAGAUAUCGAUCUCCGCUGGACUGUCCUCUGUGACUUGUUCCUCGUGCUCAUCGCAAAUUCAGCAUACGAUGCUCGGUCGCGAACCCUUUUGGAAAGAGUCGGCGCAGCCUUGGAUGUAACAUGGCUGCAGAUCUCACGGUUUGAGAAGCGUGUUACAGACUCCCUUGAAAUGCAAGAGCAAGCAGAGAAAGAGACUUGGGAUGAGUCAGAUCACAUGGAAAAGCGCCGCAAAAUGGCCCUGAAGAGAAAAUAUAUGAUUAUGGGCUUAGCGACAGUCGGUGGCGGAUUGGUUAUUGGCCUUUCCGCUGGACUGUUGGCACCUGUCAUUGGAGCUGGUCUUGCGGCUGGGUUUACCACAGUGGGUAUCACUGGAACCAGUGCAUUCCUGGGAGGCGCUGGCGGCACAGCUUUGAUCGCUUCCGGUGCUACUCUUGGUGGCAGCACGAUUGGAUUGAGAGCCUCGCACCGGCGUACCGGUGCAGUCCAAACUUUUGAAUAUCGGCCUCUUCAUAACAACAAGAAGGUCAAUCUUAUUGUGACUGUUUCCGGCUGGAUGACUGGCAAGGUUGAUGAUGUCCGUCUUCCUUUUAGUACAGUCGAUCCAAUUAUGGGCGAUAUCUAUUCUGUACUUUGGGAACCCGAGAUGCUUCGAAGCAUGGGAGCUACUAUCAAUAUCUUAGCAACAGAGGCGUUGACCCAAGGUCUUCAACAAGUGCUAGGUAGCACGGUGCUUAUGGCACUGAUGGCAUCUUUGCAACUACCCCUUGUUCUCAGUAAACUCGCAUACCUGAUUGAUAAUCCCUGGACUGUUUCGCUAGCACGUGCUAACUCAGCCGGCCUCGUUCUGGCGGAUUCCUUGCGAGAUCGGAACCUUGGCAACCGACCCAUCACGUUGCUCGGUUUCUCGCUCGGCGCGCGUGUCAUCUUUUCUUGUUUGAAAGAGCUGGCAGAAAAGGGCGCCCAUGGCCUUGUCCAAAAUGUUUACCUAUUUGGAUCGCCCGUGGUUGCAAAUAGAGACGAAUAUCUCAAGGCUCGGAGUGUGGUGGCUGGGCGAUUUGUGAACGGUUACUCUACGAAUGACUGGAUUCUGGGCUAUCUCUUCCGUGCCACGAGUGGUGGCAUCAUGAGAGUCGCCGGUCUAGCAGCUGUCGAGGAUAUACCGGGCAUUGAGAACUUCGAUGUCACCAGUCUUGUGAAUGGUCAUAUGGAUUACCGAACGGCCAUGCCUCGGCUUUUGAGAGAAGUCGGGUGGGAGGUUCUUGACGACGAGUUUGCAGAAAUCGAGGACCCAGACCCUGAUAACCAUGCUGAGCGACAGCGCGAGUUGAUACGCGAGAUUGAUGAAGCUCGCCGGGAAGCAGAGGCCAAGCCAGAGAAGAGACGGUUCGGCCUGUUCAAGCGAGGCAAGAUGGCUGAAAAGAAGAAAUGGGAAACAUAUAACGUCGAUCGAGACAACACUCCUCGGGAUUCAAGCGAGACUGAGAGCAGCCCCGGCACUGUCCUUUUCGAUAUCGAGGCCAUCCGAGCGGAGCUGCACUCAGAAGCGAUUGAAAUCAAAGAAUUGGAGUCCACUAUGCCUUUGAUGAAGGUAGACCUGAACCCUCCUUCCGAACCACCACCCGCUCAGCCCUCUCCUCCUGCUUCUCGAAGGCCAAAGACGCCCGAGCUUCCACCAUCUCGCACAUCCUCGUUGCCUCCGCAACCAUCGGGGCAGUAUUCUCCCUAUGGGUACAAUGACUACUCUCCCCCGCCCAAGCACGAAGAUAUGGAAAUGACUUUUGACACAUCCUUCCAUGAAUCCCCACGAUCAAAGGAUGACGACCUUUACUCUCGUCCAGAGUUGCGAACUGCGUCUACAAUGCCGACGAUUGGUACCAGCGCUCUCGGAGCCAUGGCCAUGGAGCCCAAUGCCUGGGCGGAUCAUGACCAUGGCCACAAGGAUAGCGAGAUUUCAAUGACCUUUGAGUAG